ACGGGUAGUUACGAUAUUCAAUUCCACUUAUAUUUCAAAGUGUGGAUUUCUUGUCUCCAAAGCAAAGUUGAUGUCCUAAAUCUUUUCCACUAAAAGCAGACUUUACCUAAAUGUCAAUGCUGAUGUACUGGUUUAGUACGCGUUUUCCGAUUACAGGAUACUGAACAAAACCUGGUUAUUAAAUGCAGACGUCAUCCGGUGUGAUACAGAACGACUGUAACCAAUGCCAUCUUUUCAUUGUGAGCUCUACUAUCCAAUUGGCACUUGACGCCGAGUUUGAUGGUCCUCAUGGUGGGAGGAAUAUUGUUAUUUAUGUUUUGUUUAUGAUUAACGUCUCGAAUAAUUAGUUCUACGAAACUUGAAGUUGCAAUCCCUCAUUCUGCGAUUGACAUGGUGGUGGGUUUGGAGAUAUGUUUGUGAAGUGGCUGAUGUUCGUCAUGAAACCAACCGUUUUCAUUGGACAACUCGAAAACAAGUGGUAGUACAUCCAGUAUUUACUCUUCCACCUCUCCCACCACCAGUUUCGGAUUAUAGUUCGCGUAUUAUGAAUGACUUGACUGACACGGAUUUUCAAAAGGAAAUUGCGGUGUGCCUGUGUUUUGGUGUAUCAUAAUCAUCAUGAUCAUAAGGUGGUGGAAAUAUUACUUGAUCUUGAGUAUGAUUUAACAAAAUGCGCCUAAAUGAGAGUUGUAACACUACGGAUAAGCUUGACUCCGCUACCAGUGACCAAGUGCACAAGUAAACGAUGAACACCAACUUUUGUUGUGCUUUUGAUGGGCCUAUAUUCACAAAUUAACAUUUUCUUUACCAAUGUGCAAUGAUAGGCGAUAGUAUGGGAUAUUUCCUGAUUUCCUGAAGUGAUCUGUUUCCAAGCCAACAAGACUUUUCGCACAACAGUGCCACAUGAUUUAAUGUGACCUCCUUCAAUCUGGAGUUAUACUGCUGUCCUUUUCCCGGAAACUUCCUACUGAACCCCAAAAAAGACUAGGAAGGUUUCACCAUGGAAAAGCUUUUACAUUUUGUCAUUUCCCUCACACUGGUCCUUUGUGUAUGCCUACUCUGUUUAGUUGGAGCUGAAAAGGGACCAAAUUACGGGGGUAAGCUCUUCGCCUUCAGCUUCUUGGCGGACCGCAAAUCAAGGCAAAAGGAGAACAAACCCUGUGUGAUUGAUAUAAUCUCCGGGGAUCUCAAGAAUUCAUCGAUUCAUGUAGCCAUUCCCAGGACAAAUUUCGAGAGAACGUUUAUUCUCCAACCAGGGCAUGUAGAAAGGGUGAAUCUGAGCCUUGGGACCCAUCAACUUCCCGACUACAAAAACGCCACCGUUAUUGUCAAUUCUACACGAAGGAUCGGUGUCGUAGCGUACUUGGAGUUCCUUCGGCCAGUUGCUGCCUUCCAUGUUAUACCAUCAGAAUCCACCGGAACCCGCCAUAUCAUAGCGCAUAACAAAAACAAACUCACUCUGUUUACUAUAACAUCCUUGGCAGAUAACAACUUUAUUCAUAUCUACAACCCAUGGGGGAAUCAAUUUAAUUGUGAUCCACUGGAAAGUGCUAGCACAGACAAUGCUACUGUUGUAUUGUGGAGGUUUGAAUCAAUGUUCUGUAAAGGCAAGAAGGUGGACCUGACAGGAACAUUUGUGAAAUCUGAGAAGAAUGUUUCCGUCGUUGCAGGUGGGAUGACUAGCUUUUUCGAGAAGGGGACGGGGGGAUAUAUCUUGGAGCAAAUGGUGCCACAAAGGUUUUGGGGAAACCACUUUGCCGUUGCGCCUUUCGCCAGAAUCGACAGGUUCAACUACCUACUCAAGAUUUUUGCACCGGAAGGAACAGUCGCAAACGUUACAGUCAGUGGUCUUGACUGGGAAAAUUGGUUUACCGUUCAUGGUCAACAUUUUUCAUUUGAUGACCAAAGGGCGUUCGAUCAGGUUAUUGAGAUCACUGCAAAUGAGUCAAUUUCAAUCGUUAAAUAUAUGAUUGGUUCCAAUGAGAGUAAUGCUAAUGGCAUCCGGAGCGAUCCAAGUAUGUUUAACGUUCCUCCUCUAAACGAAUCUAAGCGAAAUCUCCUCGUUGAUGUGCUUCCCUUCGAGAACGAAAACAUCAUGGACGUCAUCAUAAAUUGCAGGGAUAUCCAAGGGUUCCUGGUAAAUGGAAGUGAACUGAAAGUUAGCCGUGUAAUAUCAAUGGUAAACGGAACGACCUAUUGCGCCCUCUCUUACGAACUUGAGCCGGGUCUGCACUGCGUGUCACACAAGAACCCAGAGGCCUCUUUUCAAGUUGCACUAUAUUCUUGGAAAAUGGGUAGAAAUGGUUCGAAUGCGUAUGCCAUGGAAGCUGCCUUGGAUGUUCCUGCAAAAUACCCAACAUGCUUGCCCGUCGAAGAAAAUUCCCCAGAAUACCAGUUUCAGGAAAGAUUGGCUGGAUUACAAGACGAAAAUUACUGUGGGAAUAAUACCACUCUUAAUCGACCGACCAACAUUGCCAUGGAAAUUGAACAUCUUGCAGUAGAACUUGCCGCCAAAAUGAUAGCCCAAGGAGCACCAGACGUGCAUAUAGAUCUUGGAGUUGCAGUGAUAGAAAUAAAAAGGAUCAACUCGUCCGGUGUCGAUCCAUCUACAGUAAUUUCGAUACCAAGCAACGCCAACUCGACCCAGCCGAAGACGAGGGGUCUAAUAAGCAUGGAGAUUCUUCAAGAACUGGAAACCCAGGCGAUAAUAUCGAUUGUUUUUCGGAAUCUCGGGGAAAGAAUCGAUAAUUGUUCAACUUCUAAUGAUUCCGAGGCCUUGGACCCAUCUGGUGACCGGGAGAUGGUCGGCAGCCAGGUUCUUAGCCUGAGCCUAUACCCCUCAGUGGCCUCAGAACUAAAACUUCCCUCCCCUGUCGGCAUGGUGUUUCCUAUGCAAAAAUUGCCACCACGCUUUGCCGACGGUCUUGCCCUCUGUUCGUUCUGGAAUCACACCCUACGCGGUUGGUCUCAGGAAGGAUGCUGGCCUGAAUUCGUCAACUCGUCGGUAGUCGAGUGCGCCUGCGAUCAUCUUACUAACUUUGCUGUCCUGAUGCAAAUAAAUGAAUAUCACCUUUCUCCCGCCGAUACACUCGCAGCAAACGUGAUUACGUCAAUUGGAUGCGGAUUAUCUAUAGCGGGCGCCUUCUUCACAAUCUUCUCAUUCAUCAUCCUUAGUCUCAAAUCAGACCGGGUAAUGAUCCAUAUCAACUUGGCUCUCGCCGUGGGACUGGGCCAGAUCAUGAUCCUGUUUUUAGACACUCCCACCAAGUAUCAGGUCCAGUGCACGGUCAAAGCUUCUCUACUCUACUAUUUCUUCAUGUCUGCAUUUUGUUGGAUGUUGAUAGAGGGCGUCAAUCUUUUUCUACAGGCCGUUGUGGUCUUCAGUAAACCAGGAAGCAGAAUUAAGAUAUAUCUUGUGAUUGGCUGGCUAUGCCCGAUCAUUCCUUUGUCAGCAACCCUUGCGUUUUAUAAAUGCAAGCUUGGUGAUGACGUAACAACACAUGACAAUCCUGUAUGCUUUUUAAGAAGAGAAGACGACUCGAUUUGGUUCUUCGUCGUCCCGAUUCUGACCAUCAUUGCUCUCAACGUCUACUUCGUUUCAAGAGUCGUGUUCGAGAUCAUUAAGCUUGCUGGCGGACCUACGGUUGUCAAUAACCGGAUCACCCGGGCAAAACACGGCGUGAAGGCCUGCGUGAUUCUCCUACCGGUAAUGGGUUUGACGUGGAUAUUUGGCAUAAUGUGGCAGGACCAAUCAACGCUCGUCUUCAUGUACCUCUUUCUCAUCUGCAAUUCUCUCCAAGGAUUUUUCAUUUUCGUAUUUCAUUGUCUCUUAAAUUCAGAGGUACGCAAUACCUUUAAGCGUAGGAAAGUCGAAUGGCGGAAUUCGUUUUCUCGACGGAGUUCGUUCAAUCUCAAAGCGUUUCGGAGCGACGACUCGAAGAGGAAACAAAACACCGUCGAUACCAACAGACUAUCCGCCAUUGCCACGCCCACUGGUUCCCAUAACAACGAAAAUAAUAACUAAAGUUAUUGUGACUCAAACUUUAGCCAGCCCCUUUUCGCAUAUUCUCAGUUACUUCCAUGUGAUUCUAUUCUGAUCUCGUAUUCGCUUUAAAAGAGUUGUGACGUAAUAUUACUAAUGUAUACUACACCUUACUUAUCGUUUAUUUUAAAUUAUAAUAGGCCACGCCCAUUGGUUCCCAUAGCUACAAAAAUAAUGACCAAUGAUGGCGUGACUUUUUAAUUCGGAAGUGUGGUAUAGCAACCCGCAAGUCCAUUCCUGCAGUUUAUAUAUGUUUGUGUGCUUUGGUGGAUGUGUGUACGCUUAUUUGAUUUGUAAUUAUAAUUAAUUAAGACGAAGCUAUAUUAUACCUACAAAUGGGGUUUUGGUAAAAAUUGUUGCAAAUAACGUCUUUUUGCGCUCGCAAGGCUGAAUUUCUUAUUUAGAGCUACAUUGUAGGACUUUUUUUAAUUAGAGGCUAACAAAACCCACCAUUACAUUUUAAUGAUUUUUUUCCGUCUUUAGGAUUUGCAUCUAUUCUACUUUCGAUGUAGUCAUGGCCACGUUCGCAGACUUCAUUCUAGAAUGUGAUAAAUUUAAAGACACUCAAGACGACAUUAAAGGAAUAACUAAACAUGUAUUUUUUUCUUUUUAAAAAGGCUUCCCAAUUCUUCUUGAAUAAUAAUGAUUAUUUGAUUUUAUCAAUUUGAAAAAAAAAAUCAAAUAUUAAUUUCAGGAGUAUACUUUAUGAUGCUUUGACUGCGCAUCUUAUUCACUGUCUAUUCGAUGGUAAAGCUGCAUUUAUCUUAAAUGUAUGAACAUGAUUAAUAUUUGUUUCCUCAAAAGCGAGAUAAAAGAAAAAACGUGACUAAUUUUAGUCUUAAUUUCAAAAGCAUUGUGUGUGUGUGUAAACUAAGGACAUGUCCUUAUCUUUUCACGUACAUUCAAAAUGAAGUUGAGUGCGAUAUACUUGUAAAAUCAUAUAAACAGUGUUAGCUUUGAUAUUAACUAUGGCUGCGUCUGUAUAAAGCAAUAGCAUGUAUCAACCAAAUCUAUAACGGCCCUUUUAUUGCAAUAUUCUUUGGGACAUCAGUCGUACGAAUCAUUUCUUGUUUGUAAAUAGCUGGCCUAUUUAUAGUAAUGCAAUAUUGUUAUAUUUACGAAAUGUUUAAAAACGAAAAACGUUUGCCUGAGGUGUGUGUGUGUGAUGGUGUGUGUGCAUGUGUGUGUAUCAUAAUACGCUGUUGAUUGUCUACGUACAUCUACAUCAUAUUGAUUUCAUAAUUACAGCCCUUGUGUUAUCCUUGUGUUAUGUUUUUUGUAAAUCUGUCAAACAUUUGUAGCUUUUAAUGUAUUGACAUAUUAAGGAUAUUCGGUAGGUACUAUCUUCUAAACGUUUUCUCAGAUGAGCUUACGAUGAUAAAAUUAAAGCACUUUAAUAGCCGGGUUAUCCUGGAUUUUACUUGAUUUUCCCUUUUCAUACUUGAAUAUAAACUGGAAUGUCAAAUGUGCAGAUUUGUUUGAUAAUGGCGUCGACUGUAUCGCAUCAGAUAAUUAUGAUACAAUUUACCCCCCCCCCCCGAAGAAAGAAAGAAAACACACAAAUAUUGUUGCAAAGCACCUUGUGGGUAGAAAUAACAUUUUCGAUUAUCCAACUUUCCUUCACAUAUAUUUAUUUAUACAUAUUUUUAUGUGUUAAUACAAUUAUGUAGAUAUAAAAAAAUGCUGAUAAUCAUAUUGCAUGUUCACUUUUCUGAAGAAAUAAAGGAUGAAAGUUUCCAUUGCUAAUGUGAUUUUUGUUUCUGAUUACCGUUUAUAUUAACUAUUAAGUUAUUAUGCCACAUAUUUUUGUAUUUUUUCUAUUUUUUGUUUGCUAUAUACUAUUAAUUUGUAUUUGUUAAUUUAACUUAUGUUUUAAUUUCUUCUCUUCCUGUAAUAUUCUUAUCCACAGCGCUUCGUCAUCCUUUUACUAUGUCACAGAGCACUGAAAAAGCGAGUUCUAUGAGUAAUCUCAUUAUAAUUAAAAAAAAGUAUCAUCUUAAAACAACAAUGUAAUAACAUUUAAGCAUUUGGUUGGACCGAAAUCAAAAAUAAUAUUCAAUUGAUGAAUGAGUUGACAACUGGUACUCCAUUAAAACGUGGUCUAAGU